AUGGGUAAACAAAAUCCAGAAACUGCGGUUCUGGCAGCUCCAGAAGCACCUGAAGACGAUCGUCUCCUGGUAAAAUGGCUGGAGGAGAGACCUAUUCAGUCCCAAGGACAAUUAGCAAAGGCAAAACUUGACGAUUUUCUCGAGAAAGCUUCGCAGCCUCGUCAUGCAUCGGGAAAUGCCUGCAUCAAACUCUGCUACUACAUUGAGCAAUGUAGAAGUUCAUCCUGCGCUCCUAUCAGAGAAGUUGCCUUUGCCAGGGAUACUCCUCUGCGUUUGUUUAAUUUUUAUGUUGAAUGGAACGAGAAAAACCAGAAUCGUUCGAUGCGGCAAGUGUUGGAGCUCUCAUCGUCACUAAUUGCUCGCAAUCCCGAUCAGCAAGCUUCUGAAGCUUUGAAAAGGGCAGUAUUAAAAAGAACUCUAUCUAUAAUCGCUCAUCAGAAUGCUCAGUCGUUGGUCAAGCCUGCUUUCAAGGUUCUGGAAUGUUUUUUGAGCAAGAACACCAUUUCUCCCAAAGACGUGAUGGUAGCCUAUGAGGCUCGGAUUCAUCAAGUUUCCCUCUCUGAUCAAGCGAGAGCAAGGGGCGUUGAUGAAGAUCUCUGGGACUCUUUUAUCUUGGACAUUUUUGACUGGAUGGUUUUGCCAGACAUCUCUCCCGGUGCUGGCAAGUUCCUUGUGACCCUUUUCAAGGCAAUGAAGCCCGUCGCUGAGAGUUCCGAUGGUCACCAAGCCGACUACAGUACGUUAUGGCAGCGUUGGAUAAGAAAGGGUCUUGCAAAGGACCCCCAAGCUUUUGAAAAUGUAAAGAAUUAUCUCUUUCCUCCACUAUUCAAGAUCGACCGCCCAGGUUCAUUGGCCUUAUUGGAGAGCCUCAACCAGCAGAGAGCAAUUCCAAAUCUGCAAAGCCAGGAUUUAGAUGCCCAUGCACUUUUACAACUUGCAGCCAUGGAUGUAGGGAAGAAAGCUGGUUUGGUUGAAGAACCAAGCACUAUUCAGUUCCAGAAAUCAUCAAAUAAAAAACCAGCUGCUUGUAUCGUUCUUCAAGAGGAAGCAAUCGGUAGUCUUAUGGGCGGUUUCUCAGGAACUGUUCGGUCACUCGCUUUUUCGGUUUUGGUAUCAUCUGCUUCGUCAAUCCGUCCAUUCAGUCCAGCCACCUUAGAUUUAUUCCAGUCUCAUCUAGGAGCAAUGUACUCUGAUACGGAUGCUAAGUUUCGCAACGAGACUCUAACCAAUUCCAAACACAUGAUCGAGAGAAUCAGAGGUGCAACUGCAUUUCUCGUUCGAGAGCUCGAUCAAAUUUCGUUCAAGCUAUCCCAAGGAUCGGAACCAGAGCAUAAGGUAGCACAGCAAGCGCUCCACGAAGAUAUACAAUCCCUAUUGCUAAAACACAAGCGUUUCGUUGAGUGGUACCUGGAUUUCUUGUUUGGAGAGCUGAUUCCAACCGCCUCGUAUCAACGACAUAUCACGUCCUUAAAGGCCAUUAUCUUACUGCUACAUUCCAGGAUUCUGGAAGACUCCCCGGGGCUUCCUCCAAUCCCCGUCAACUCUACAAUAUGGCCCUUCACAGUAGAAUUCUUCAUUCCCCGCUCGAUGCGACUACUGUUGGAUCUUCUUAUGGACCCUUUUGAAGAGGUAAGAAUUGGCGCUUCAGAUGUUCUGGCAUAUGCUUUGCGGGACUGUUUCGUAGGUCAAAUAUCCAGUGGGGUUUCAAACGACCACGAAAGCCGCGACCUCAGGAUAAAAGAAUGCCCUGAAACAGAGCCCAUACUUAAUCUAAAGGUGAACUCGAUCGAUAGACCACUGGGUCUUCUGAUAGAUUUCAUUGUGCGCGGAAAGGAAGCUUCGAGGAGGACUGGCCGAGCAGACUAUGCUGAUGGGGUGGCGCGCUCGUACAGACUUUUGUAUAGCCUACAGAUAUCCGGAGAAGACAAAAUCAAACUUCUUGAGGAAUUGAUUUAUGAUCUGGAAAUGAAAGUGGAAAUAGCUUCAAACGAUCUUGGACAAGCUGUUCUUGAAGCACCGAUUCAUGCUAGUUUUGCUGCUUUAAACUUGGUAUGGGAUUUAGUUGGUCCGUCAACAGAUUUUCCUGGUGAGCCAUCACGAGCCUGGGAGAAGUGGAUUGACUUCACACGACGUAUGGUGCAUUCGAGCUCUGGUAUCUGGCAAGCUGUGAGCGGAAUUCUCUGUAAUGAUUCACCAGAAGGGCACCUACUUGACGAUAUCGACGGAUCUGAGGCUCUUGAUAGCAAGGACAUUCUAAGUUAUAGCUUCAGGGCAAUUCAUGAGUCCAGCAACCUUAUGCGAACAAUUGUCACCAAGAUCAAUCAAAAGUACCCGGAGAACAUCGCGUUACCUGCCCAUAAUUGUUUUGUGGAAAUUGGAGAUUUGUCCUUCUUGCAAUUAUCAACACUUCGUCAUCGCGGUGCCUUUUCAACUGUCUCAUUGACCUUUACUGUCUGCUGCCAACUGACUCAAGUUAUAAGCCCAAGCUCUGAAUCAACAAACACAGAUAUGUUGCGCCGCUGGUGGAAGGGCACGAAAGAAGCCAUCAGCUCACAAGCUUCUACAACGAGGCGGUCUGCUGGUAUACCAGCACUUAUCACGGGAAUAAUGAUUGCCGAUGCCCCAAGCCCCAACUUCGAGGAGAUUAUGGCAGAUUUGGAGUUACAGGCACGGAGCCCACUUAUCACGGCAUCUAUAGAACAAAAUCUCCCCCAAGUACACGCCUUGAAUGGCCUCAAGGAUACUUUCAAGAACGCUGCUGUCAGAAAGCGAGCUGAGGGACACGUUCUCGAAUGUUUACAUAUAGCUUCUGAUGCUCUCAAUUCGGAGACAUGGGCUAUCCGCAAUUGUGGCCUCCUUCUUUUCCAAUCCUUAAUCAAUUAUCUCGUGGGAACCCACAGCAAAGAGAAGACAGAAGCUGGUUGGGAUGGCGGGGCGACGGCCAUUUCAUACGACAAAUAUCCCAGUCUCGGCGACCUUUUGCUACAACUAUUAGAGACGGCAUCUGACAGUGACUUGAAAGAAGCUAGCUCUAAUGCACUGCUUGAGACGAUAUUCCCUGUUCUCGAUAUUUUUCGCGAGCCGGCCCGCCAGAAGAACUCCGAGAGCGCAUAG